UCCAUGCUUUCCGGAAUCCUUGGGACGUCACAACUCUGACGUUGCCCUAUUGAAGUUGACAUGUAAAAUGGUUAGGUUAGGGUUACGGUUGUGGUAAGGUAAGGUUAGGGACGUCCCAAGGAUUCCAGAAAGAACUAACCCAAGUGAGAGGGCGGUAGUUGGGCGGAGCGUCGCAGUAACUACAAGCAGAACCAGACCAUUUGAAAGCACAGCGGAUAGAAAUUGUGAAAAUAGCAGGCUCGCUAUCUAGAAGAAGGUGCUGUCUUUCCAACCAUAUUUCGAAUAAACGAGGGAGCCAACAGACCUGGUGAUGAACGGUGACUCAGGUGCUGGGGUGGUGACUGCCCUCCCGCCCACCACCGCCCCCCACAAGGAGCGCUACUUUGACCGUGUGGAUGAAAGCAGCCUAGAGUACCAGCGUGAGAGAAACAUGGCUCCAGACCUCAGACAGGAUUUCAACAUGAUGGAGCAGAGGAAGAGGGUCUCCAUGAUCCUGCAGAGCCCGGCGUUUUGUGAUGAGCUGGAUACGAUGAUCCAUGACCAGCUGAAGAGGGGAAAGACCCCCACCAGCCUGUUGGCCCUGCAGCAGAUAGCUGAUUUCAUGACCACCAGUAUCCCCACCAUGUACCCUGCAGCGCCACAGGGAGGCAUGGCUGCACUCAACAUGAGUCUGGGUAUGGUAACUCCAGUGAAUGACCUGCGUGGAUCUGACUCUAUCUCCUAUGAGAAAGGAGAGAAACUGCUUCGUUGUAAGCUAGCUGCCUUCUACCGCCUGACAGACCUCUUUGGCUGGUCCCAGCUCAUCUACAACCACUUAACCGUCAGGGUGAAUUCAGAUCAGGAGAGGUUCAUUAUUGUCCCUUUUGGGCUUCUGUACAGUGAAGUCUCCGCCUCCAGUCUGGUGAAGAUUAAUAUGCAAGGGGAGAUUGUGGACCGGGGGAGCACCAAUCUAGGGGUCAACCAGGCUGGCUUCACUCUCCACUCAGCCAUCUAUGCAGCCCGGCCAGACGUUAAGUGCAUUGUGCACGUCCACACACCGGCAGGAGCUGCAGUGUCGGCCAUGAAGUGUGGCCUGUUACCCAUCUCUCCAGAGGCCCUGACCCUGGGGGAGGUGGCUUACCAUGACUAUCACGGCAUCAUCAUAGACAACGAGGAGAACGUCCUCAUACAGAAGAACCUGGGGCCAACCAGCAAGGUUCUGAUCCUGAGAAACCAUGGUUUGGUGUCUGUUGGGGAGACUGUGGAGGAAGCCUUCUACUAUAUCCACAACCUGGUCACUGCAUGUGAGAUCCAGGUGCGCACCCUAGCCAGUGCUGGAGGACCUGGUAACCUGGUGAUGCUGGACCCUGCUAAGUACAAAUCCCGGCCACGGUGCUCUGAGCAUGUCGAGGGCUCCACACACCCCAAGUGGCUGGUCGGGGAGCAGGAGUUUGAGGCUUACAUGAGGAUGCUGGAUAACCUGGGUUACAGGACAGGCUACCCCUACAGGUGCCCUGCCCUGCGAGACAAAGCUAAAAAGUUCAGUAGCGACAUAGAGAUCGCUCCCUCGGCCACGGGCUAUUCCUAUGCCGAGGACAGUGACUCGGGCGCUCGCUCCCCUCUCAAGCACAGCUUUCAGAGGCAGCAGCGUGACAAGACCCGCUGGCCCAACUCGGGCCGGCUGGAAGAGGCCUACGAGGAAGGGCCCGACGGUGGCAGCCCCAAGUUGAAGACUAAGGUGUGGACGAACAUUACACACGAUCACGUCAAACCCUUGCUGCAGUCUCUCUCGUCCGGUGUCUGCGUGCCAAGCUGUAUUACCAACUGCUUGUGGACAAAUGAGGAAGGAAUGCGACAGGCUGCAGUAGCCAAUCAGUUUGUCCCGCUCAACACAAACCCCAAGGAGGUGCUGGAGAUGAGGAACAAGAUCCGAGAGCAGAACCUUAAGGACAUCAAGACUGCAGGGCCUGAGUCCCAGGUGCUGUGUGCUGGAAGCAUGGUGGACCGCUCCUUUGUCCAGGACGCCCCUCUGUCUGACUGUACGGACACUAUUGCCAGCCUCGAUCUGUCAGAGGCCAAUAGUCCUGCUAAGUAUUUUAGAAAGGGAGAGCUGGUGACAGCGUCUAAGGCCAUCAUAGAGAAGGAGUACCAGCCCAGAGUCAUCAUCAACCAGAAAGGCCCCAACCCCUUCAACAAGCAGUUCGACCAGGAGCUGGAGGAAUACCGCAAGGAGGUGGAACUCAAACAGAAAGGACCCGAUGUACAGGGUGAAGGGUCCUCCACAGCCAGGACACAGCUCCCUUCACCUUGGCCUGGGGAGGGAGGCCUGUCCCCCUCUACCUCCCCACAGAAGCCUGCACUGAAGCCAAAGCCCCGCUGUGUCCCAGAGAAGGGACUGGAUGUUUCAGAGACCCCCUCCACGGCCACCCCUACCACCACCACCUCUUUCCCCAGCCGAGACACCCUGACAGAGUCGGGGGAUGGUCAGGAGAGCCCUGGGACGUCCACAGGGUCGGGGCCCAGGGCCUACGGGGGAGAUUCCCGCCCGGAGUCUCCUCACAAGGAUUUUCACUGUGCCGUGCUGAAGGCCCUCAGAACCACCAACACAGAACUGGCUGCCCUCACCCUCCUUGAGGCUCCAGAUGCGUUACCGGAGCCUGAGGAAGAGGUGAAGGGUCAGAGUCAGACCUGUACGCCCCCCAGCACCCCUGUCAGAGCAGAGGAAGAGCCCCAGCCGGAGCACACCUAUAAGUAUGAGAGUGACCAGGCUCCACUGAGACAGACCCUCCCUGACCUGACCCAAGACGACGAACCCUCCGCCACCCCAGCCCCCACCCUCCCCGCCAAAGACCCCACUCCUGUCCCUCCCGCCACCACUGAGGGAGAGGGGCCUGCUGACGCUUCCGCCGCCGGCAACCAAGACUGUGAACAGGACGGUGACGAAUAUCCCAGCAAAUCACCUUCCAAGAAGAAGAAGACGUUCCGCACUCCCUCCUUCCUCAAGAAAAACAAAAAGAAGAUGGAAGAAAAGGAACAAAAAGCAAAGGAACCCUAGAUGAGACCUCCGCCUGCACACCCCUCUCACGCUUUGUAACCCUUUGCUUCCCCUUGAGCAAGCCACAACCCACAUAAUUUGAUGUUGAUGCUUUUUAUAAUUUGUUUGUCUGGCAUUACAACUUUGUGGGCACCUCCUAGUGUGUGCUAAUUUUCUAUAAAAAAAAAGGGUCAAAAUCACUUGCAAAGUUUUAAUAAGUCGCUUUCAUUGGUGAAUGACUGUGCAUUAAGUCUGGUUCAGUGUGGCUUGUUACGCAUGCUGUCUAUUUAGGCCCACUACUUGGAGUGAGCAGUGCAUUUUUAUUUUCAAAUUAUUAUUAUUUUUAAUAGUUACUGAAACUCGAUUAACCACUACAAUGUUUUGGGAUUGUAUCAAAGUGCCCCCCCAAAAAAAAAAAAAAAAAAUGAAAAUAAGCUUUUACUCUGUCAUUUAACUGGUGGUAACCGAUUCAAAAUGUAUAACUACAAAUGAACUGCAUGGUGCUAAUUUCAGAUCUCUAACAUUAGCGUAAAAUCUGUUCACUCAAACAUGGGGUCCAAGUUAGGUUUCUCUUGGCCAAGAACUCAAAUCAUGUCAAGAAUAGCAUAACUCUUAAUCUGAAUUUGACAUUCUGUCACUCCCGUAUCUUUUCCAUCAACCAGGGUUUAGUGGCACCUGGUGAGAGGGAGGACUGCUGCUCCAAUCACAAAGACACAAAUAAACGGGACCUAAGAGGACAGAUACAGUACUAGACAGAGAAUACAAAUGUAUUUUAUAUAGUUAAUGAUAUAGCUAUAGUCAAUUUAUUUUGUUAUUUAAAAAAAAAUCUUAAUUUAGCCAUUUUCACUUGCUGUGAGAGCACUGUGAACUGAAGCACCACAGCCUGGACUGCUGUUUUAUAACCGUUGCUUUUAGAGGAAACCAGUAGGUCAGCCUGGAUCCAAACUGAAAGUCAAAAAGAACAAUUCAGCCUGGAUUCAGGCUACCGAUAAGUAUAUAGGGAAUGUUGGAAUACAGUUGUUUUGAAGCCACAUCGCACCAUUUUAACACUGCAUGCAUGAUCAGUGACCACACUGCAAUGGACUACUCUGUGAACCCCCUCUGAAAUGAAAUAACUGUCUCAAGAAAACAUCUCGCUUUUAAGUUGCAUUCAAGAUACUGGAGUUCAUGUAAUCUAUCUGUUGGUGUGAUCUUACAGCCUGGACCCAGAUCUAUUUGUGCUGUCACACCAAACAAUAGCAAUAGGAAUGGACGAAAUGACACAUCUGGGACAAGGCUAGCGAUCUUACACCUUGGCUUUUUUUUUUUUUUAAGUUGUCAGGCAGAGGGGCAUUGAUACCGGACCAAUGUCAUGAAUGAAUCCCACUUGCCUGUGAAGCUUGGUUUUAGACCACUAUCAAAACCUAGCCUGGUCCCAAUUCUGUUAGUGCUGUCUUUACCAAUGGCAUAAAGGACCAUAGGCGUUGGCAAGAUGGCACAAAUGGAUCUAUGACCAGGCUACUAUUAACCUGGUAUAUUACAUGAUUGAUGCAAGCUGAGGACAUUGGCCUGUUCCCUGAAGAACCGCAUGGCAUUAAACUAAGGCCUUGUAUUGUUUGUUGUCUCUACAUUAUGACUAACUCCCUUUUACUUAUUGUUAAUAACUCCCUUUUACUUAUUGUUAGUAUUAUUAGCACAAUAAUAGCAAAGUCCUUAGUCAUUUCUUCACUUUAAGUCACUUAGAAUUGUUUUAAACUUGCAGCUAAGCUGUUCCCCCAUUACACAAAUGUGUAAUUAUACCAUUUAUAGACUACCAUCUUUUGUACUGUACUGUUUAUUUUUGUUCAAUCAUUAAUAAAAAUCCUUCCUUCAAACAA